ACGGGGGGGGGGGGGGGGGCGGGGGGGGGGGGGCGGGGGGGGCGGGGGGGGGGCGGGGGGGGGGGGGGGGGCGGGGGGGGGGGGGGGUAUGGGGGGGGGGGGGCGGGGGGGGGGGGGGGGGAGGGGGGGAGCGGGGGGGCAGGGGGGGGGGGGGGCGGGGCGGGCGUGGGGGCGGGGGCGGGGGGGCGGGGCGGCGGGGGGGGGGGCGGGGGGGCGGGGGGGGGGCGGGGCGGGGGGCGGGGGGGGCGGGGGUCGGGGGGGGCGGGGGCGGGGGGGGGGGCGAGGGGGGGGCGGGGGUGGGGGCAGGGGGGGGGGCGGGGUGGGGGGGGGGCGGGGGGGGGGGGGGGGGGGCGGGCGGGGGGGGGGGGGGGGGCGGGGGCGGUGGGCGGGGCGGGGGGGGGGGGGGUGGGGGGGCGGGGGGGGGGGGGCGGGCGGGGGCGGGGGGGGUGGCGCGGGGCGGGGGCUCGGGGGCGGGGGUGCGGGCGGCGGGGCGGGGGGGCGGGGGGGGCGGCGGGCCCCGGGGGGGGGGGGGGCGGCGGGGGCGGGGGGGGGGGCGGGGGGGGGUGGCGGGGGCGGGGGGGGGGGGGGGCGGGGGCCGGGCGCGGGCGGGGGGCGGUGCGGGGGGCGGGGGCGGGGGGGGGGCGGGGGGAGGGGGGCGGGGGGGGGGGGGGGCGGGGGUCGGGGGGGGGGGGGGGGGGGGGGGGGGGGGGGGGUGCGGGGGGGCGGGGGGGCGGGGACGGGGGGGGGGCGGGGGGGGGGGGGCGGGCGGCGGGGGGGGGGGGGGGGGGGGGCGGGGGGGGGGGGCGGGGGGGCGGGGGGGGCGGGGGGGGGGGGGGGGGGGGGGGGGGGGCGGGGGGCGCGGUCGCGGGGGGGCGGGGGGCGGGCGGGCGCGGGCGGGGCGCGGCGGGCGCGGGCGGGGGGCGGCGGCGGGCGGCGGGGGGCGGCGGGGGGCGGGGGGCGGGGCGGCGGGGCGCGGGCGCGGUCGGAGCGGCGGGCGCGGGGGGCGCGGGGACGGGGCGGCGCGGGGGCGGGCGCGGGCGGGGCGCGUCGGCGGGGCGUGCGCGGGCGGGUGGGGGGGGCGGGGGCGGUGCGGGGUCGGGGGCGGGGCUGGGUGCGGGGGGGGGGCGGCGGGGGCGCGGCGGGGUCGGGGCGGGCGCGGGGGCGGGCGGGCGCGCGGGGCGCGGGGGCGGGGGGGGCGGGCGCGGGCGCGGGCCGGCGGCGGCGGGGGGGGCGGGGGGGGGGGGGGGGGGGGGGGGGCGGGGGGGGCGGGCGGGCGGGGGCCCGGCGGGGUGCGCGGCGGGGUCGGGGGGGGGCGCGGGGGGGGGGGGGGGCGCGGGGGUGCGGGGCGUGGGCCGGCGGGGCGCGGGGGCGUGCGGGGGGGCGCGCGUCGCGGGGGGGCGCGGGGGGGCGGUCGGGGGGCGGGCGGGGCGGUCGGGGGGCGGCGGGGGCUCGGCGGGGGGCGGGCGGGGCGCGGCGGCGGGGCGGGGGCUGGUGCGGCCUGCCGCGGGCGGGGCGGCGGACGCGGGGGGCGCGGGGCGCGGCGGGGGCCGCGGCGGGGGCGGGGCCGGGGCGGGUGGGGCGGGCGGCGGGGGCGGGGGGGGGGCGGGGCGCGCGGGGCGCGGGCGGCGGGGCGGGCGGGCGGUCCGCGGGCGGGGUCGCGGCGGGCCGGGGGUCGAGCGCGGGGCCGGGGCUGGCGGGCGCGGUGCGCGGGCCGCGGGGGCGCGGCGGGGGCGGGCGGCGGGGGCGGCCGCGGGCGGGGGGCGAGGGCGCGGGCGGCGCGGGCGCGGCGCGGCCGGCGGGCGCGCGGCGGGCGCGGGCGCGGUCGCGGGCGGCGGGGGGCCGGCGCGUGCGGGGCCGCGGCGGGGGCGGGGGGCGGGCGGGGCGGGCGGCGGGGCGGCGGGCCCGGGGGGGCGGGCGCGGCGGGUCGCGGCGGCGGGGGGUGCGCGGCGGGGGGGCGGGCGGGGCGACGGGCGGCGGGGGCGGGGCGCGGUGCCGGCGCGGCGCGGGUGGCGGCGCGGGAGGGGUCGGGGCGCGGGCGCUGGGGGCGGCGCGGCGUGGGCGCGGCGCGGCCGGCGGGGCGCGCGGGGCGGGGCGCGGGCCGGGGUACCGUGGCGCGGGGCGCUGGGCGGCGGGGGGGCGGGCCGGGGCGGGCCGGGGGGCGUGGGGGGGCGGGUGGGGCGCGGUGGCGUCGGGGGGGCGGGCGGGGGGGCGGCGGGCUCGGGGCGGGGCGGGGCGCGGGGCGGGGCUGGGCCCGGGCGCAGGUGCGCGGGCCGGGGGGCGGGGGCGGUCCGCGGCGCGCCGCGGGGGGCGGCGGGGCGGGGGCGUGCGGGCGCGUGGGGGGGCGGGCGCCGGGGGGGCGGGGGCGCGGGCCGUCGGGCGCGGGCUGGCGGCGGGGGACUCGCUGCGGGCCGGGGGGCGCGGGUCGCGGCGGGGCGCGCGCGGGGGUGGGCGCGGGCUGCGAGGCGGGGCCGGGCGGUCUGCGCGGUCGGCGGCGGGGGGGGCGCGGGCGCGGGCGCGGGUCCGUGGGCGGGCGUGGCGCGGGGGCGCGGGGCCGGCUGGGGGCGCGGGCGCGGGCGCGGUCUCGGCGCGGGCGCGGGCGGCGGGGCGGCGGCGGGGGCCCGGGCGGGGCGGGUUCGCUGUGCGCGUGGCGCCGUCUGCGGGCUCGGGCGGGGGGGCGGUUGGGGGCGGGCGGCGCUGGCGGGGCGCUGGCGCGCGUGUCGCUGGGCGGGCGCGGCGGGGGCGCGGCGGGGCGGCUGCGCGCCGCGGGCGGGGCGCGGGGGCGCUGGUGCGUGCUGGGUCGCUGCGGGGCGGCGCGUGGUGGGGCGCGGGCGUGUUCUGGGGCGGAGCGGCGGCGCGGUCGCGGGGGGUGGCGGGUCGUCGGGUCGCAGGGCGUCGCGGGGUGCGGCUGCGUGGGGGCUGUGCGCGGGCCCGGCGGGCGGGGGCGCGGCGCGGGCGCGGGCGCGGGCGGUGGCGCGGUGCGGGGCGCGGGGUCGGCGCGGGGGGGGCCGGGCUCGGGCGUGGCGCUGGCGGCGCGGGCGGGUCGCGCGCGGGGGCCGGGCGCGGGGGCCGGGCGGGUGCGGGGCGCGUGGCGCGGGGUGGGCUGGGCGCGGGGCGUCGGCUGUGCCCGGCGCGGCGUGGCCGCGGGGCCGGGUCGGCGUGCGCGGGCGGGCGGCGCCGUGCGGCUGUCCGGGCUCGGGCGGGGGCGGGGCUCGGCGGGCGGGGGGUGUCGCGGCGGGUCGCGCGGGGGCGCGGGCGGGCGCGGCGCGGGCGGGGGACGGGUGCUCGGCGUCGGGGGCGCGGCUGGGCGCGGCGCGGCGGUGGCGGGGCGCGGCGGUGUCGCUGGGGCGGCUGGGUCGGCCUGCGCGGGGCGGCGUUCGCGGGCGCGGGCGCGGGGCGGGGCGCGGGGCCGGGUCGGCGGGCGCGGGCGCGGGCGGGCGCGCGGGCGUGGCGUCGGCCCUGCGGGCGUGGCGCCGCGCGGGCGCGGGCGCGGCGCGGGUUCGCGGGGUCUUCGCGGGCGUGGCGUCCGUCGGGGCUGCGGGGCUGGGCGCGGGCGCGCUGGUCGGGGCGGCGGGCGGUCGCUGCGGGCGUGCGCGUUCGCGUUGCGCUGCUGGCGCGGCGGGCGGGCGCGGGCGGGGCGCGGUUCGGGGCGCGCUGGGCGGUGGCGGCUGUGGGCUCGGGGGCGCGUUCUGCGGGGCGGCGGGCGCGGCCGGCGUUCGCGGCGGGGCCGGGUGCGGGCGGCCGGGGGCGGCGUCGGUCGGGCGCGGGCUCGGCGCCGCGCGGGCUGCUCGGGUCGGGCGGUCGCGGGCUGGCCGCGGGCGACGCGCGGCCGUGGCCGGGGGCGGCGCGCGGGGCGUGGCUCGGGCGGCGGCUAG